AUGCGUUGCGAGAAUCACGAACCUCACGACAGAGACAACAGGCAGACAGAGGAACGCAACCGCAUGCAGGAGGCGACUCUGCAUCUUUUGGCGGCUCACAUUCUCAUGAGAUAUCAACUAGCGUCGACUCUUUCUUCUCGAUGCUCGUCUUCGGGACGAGACAAGAAACCCGACCCUCUGCCGACACUCUCGGUCCACGAGCUUCGACAGCUCGUUCAGGUGUACAUACAUUUGGCCUCGCAGGCAACUUGCCAAGAGACGGAGUCGGGUCCACGCGCGUCGUGGGUUGCGUUCCUCUCGCUUGCUCGCCAUACCGUCUAUACUGUUGUUCGGUCUUCUCUCUCUCCCUUUUCGCCUUCAUCCUCUUCUCUCUCGUCUUGCGCGUCGCUUCUCUCUGCGUCGCUGGCCCCCCAACUGUCUCUCCACUCGAGCCCUGUCCUUCGCAACCCAUCUGCGGGGCCGUCGCUCUCUCAACUCAUUCUUCUUCUCUCGUCUUUCUCUCCGCCGUCUACCCCCACUUCCCGGUCUUCCUCUACGGCCUCUUCCGCUCCUUCGCCUCCCCUGUCGUUCACGUCUACGUCGAAUGCAGGUUGCGUGCCGCCUGCGCGCAAUCGCUCUUCUCAUUCCCCGUGGCAGGCUCCUCAGUGCGUUCCACCUUGGGCGAGACUGCCACCGCCUGCAGACUUCCUCCUCCUGCUUCAAGUGAAAUUAACUCAGCAAGGCGGCGCGAACCUCUCGGCGCCGGAGUUGGUCCAAGCUGCCUUUCUGUUAGCUCCACAUGCGUCGAUUAUGGGAGGCGGCCGAGACAGUCAGGGAGUCCUGACCUUCAAGGCGAUUGGAGACGAGCUGGAGUACCGCAUUGAGGAACUCUGUGGCGAGGCCUCUCCUGCGGCGCGUCCUGCUUUUGCUUCGUUCUCGGACCUUCCUUCUUCAGCGUCUUCUCUUGGGAAACUCGGCGAGAUUGCCGAGGGUCCGGAGUUGGCCAUCUUGGCUGUCCAGGCCUUUGCAGACGCAGACGUCUUUCAUGAACCCUUUUUGAACAGCCUCUGUCUGUUUCUUUUGUCUCCUUGCUCGUCGCUUUCUCGUUCCGCUUCCUCUCCAUCCUCACCCUCCUCGCCAUCCUCACCCGCCUCGCCAUCCUCACCCUCCUCGCCAUGCUCUCCGCCCGCUUCGUCGUCUGUUGCUGCGUGCGCGAGCGACGGGGAGGAGAGGGUGGAGAGGAACGCGAACAGGGCACGAGGGAAAGAUAACGUGGACAGCGAGGGGGGUCACGCACCAGAGAGCGCGGUUGUGUGCCUGGAUACCUGGAGGACGCGUCAAAUCGCAGACCUCCUCUUUCAGUUCAGAAGACUCCGUUUCUACAACGACGACCUUCUCGGCUAUCUCUGGACUGCGUAUGACGGGGAGGCGCUGACACCUGCGGCUCUGAGGCAGCGAGAGCGAGAGAAGAGAAAAGCGAGAAACGCGCCAGCAGAGCCGGGAAGGAGACGCCAGUCGACCAGGCGGGCCGUGGCUGUCUGCGGUGAUGCUGCGCCUUCACGGAGGUCCGGUGCGCCUCUCCACGCCCCACCGGCUCAGAAGCACUCUCGACUGCCUUCUGUGUCGCCACCGGCGGCGCUGCCUUCGUCUUCUGUUGCUUCGCCGGCAUCGACGGAUGCGAAGCUGCGGAAGAAAACCCGUUUCUACGACAAGUGCAACGCACACCAGCUGUUGACGCUUCUUCACACCGCCGGACACAGCGAAGUCGCUCCUCCCUCGCCUCAGUGGCAAGUGCAAAUCCUGCGGCUGCUCGUGUCGUCUGCAUCCUUGCGCUCCUUGGCCCAGCCCGCGUUGUCCUUCCUCUCGCCUUCCCCGUCCGCGUCGCCUGCGCCUGCGAGCGAGGCUUCCGCUUCCACUGCAACUGCUUCAUCCUUGACUCUGUCUGUGUCUCCGUUGUCUCCAUCCUCUUCGUUCUGCGCGUCAGCCCGUCCCCGCGCACCGUCGCUGCUUUCGGCCCUCGCUUCACUUCUCAGCCCCGUGCAGGCAGGCGACCUUGCGACGUCGCUUCCGCGUCUGACUCCCCUCGCAGGCUCUGAGCUCUUCGCCACCCUCUGUGGAGCUGCAGCGGGAGAGGGAGACUGUGUUUCCAGCGGCGAACAGGCAGGCAGAGGACCCGACGCGCGAGAAGGGAACUCAGAAGAGGGACACGAGAAGCACGGCCACGAGUCGCAGCGAGGGCCCGACUCCGAAGCGAAGAAGCGCGCCGCGGUUGGGCUGCCAUCGCGGGGCUCUGCGGUAGUCUCCGACGAAGCGGCCCGUCGGAGAGGCGCGCACAAGGAGGGCGCGAAGGAAGAGGAAAAAACACACAGGUUUUUGCGUGCGAUGCCUCUCUCGCAACUUCCUUCUUUUUGCUUAGCUCUUCUCCUCCACUCUCCCCCGCUCCUGCUUUCUGCUCAGACACGAAAGGCAACCCUCGACCGUGGACACAGAGGCAAUCUCUGCCCAAAACGCAACUCUUCUUCUGCGCCGUACUCACCGUUUUCCGGCGUGUCUUCCCUGCCCGUGUCUCCCUGGCACACCGCAGUGCAUUCCCUUUCUUCUCCGUCUGCUUUGUCGCCUGCUUCACCGUUCAAGGCGAUGGGUGAAGCGGCAGCUUUGCUGUUUAGAACAGAGAGAUGUGGAUGGCCGCGAGAAAUCGAGGACUCAGUUUUGGUGGCUUGGGGUGUUCUGCUGGAUAGGCUUCUCAGCCUGUGGAGGUUCUCGGCAGCGCCUAGUCUACGCCCCCUUCUCAACUAUGCUCUCCUCCAUCACCAAUUUUCCUCUGGGGAGAAAGAAACUCCGGCGAAAUACUCACGCGCCUCGGUUGCUUCUGCCACGGUCUCUGGAGCCUGCAGUGCGAAUCCUUCGCUUAGAGCCUCUCGAAAUCCCGGCUGCUAUGUCUCCCCCUCAUCGUCUUCGUCGUCGCCUUACACCUCUUCGUUGUCGUAUUGGUCUGAUCUGGCAUCUGGUGAAUCGAUCUCUUCUGCUUCCUCCGCUUCGUCGCCCGUUUCGUCUUUGCUGGCGGGCUCGACGGCUCCCCACCUGUCGCUUCUUCGGUCUCUGUUGCUCUUCGACGCGACUCGAGGGUUAGACGAAAAGGGACGAGAACGCAGUGCGCGGGCGCCUUGUUCUCGACCCGAAGCAGCUGGGUCGGCGCGCGACAGAGCUCCAGACGACAAAGGCCGAGAAGGACAGUUUCCCCGAGAGGACACGGAAGAAUCAAGGUGCGAAAACAAGAACUCGGCGCCAAGUCUCAGUCCCUCGUCUCAGCACUCUUCACCUCCACCCCUCGCAGCUUCGUCGCUGCCUUGUGCUUCCGGCCCUUCCUGCGCUUCUUCAUUUGCUUUUCAGAGCCGCCUCGUUUCGCCGCUGGUGCGCGGCGUGCCCAGCCAGGAGCCUUUGCGUCUGGAGCCGCGCUGGGCGUCGCUCGAUCCGGCAGUGCAGGCGGGCGCGUAUGGCGACGCGGAGGCGGUGCGGGGAGAGCGAGCGAGAGAUGAAGACAGGGGGACGGCAGAAGAGGCUCGUCGCCGAGAGAACUCCACUGACGAGAGAGAAUGCGCGCCAAGAGACCCUCCAGAAGAAGCAAACUUUGCAGAUUUCCGCCUGUCGACCGCCGCGCGUCUGUGUCGUCAGACGCUCCUCUCGUUGCUCGUGUAUGUCCACCUGAACGCCGCGCCACCCUCCUCUCCCCACUGCCAUCUAACUCACCCCUCACAGACACACAAGAGGUUCUCGCCGAGACGUGUUUUCGCUCCCCCGCAGUCUCCGUCUGAGCCUCCGUCCUCGUUUUCUCUUCCUUCUUCAUUUUCGGGCGCGGCCGCCGUCGCGACACACGAUGCAUCUUCUGUUGCUUCUUCUGCGCGACGCACGCCCAUCGCAGAUGCGCUUUCGCCUCUUCCACUGCCUCAGCUGAGACGCGUCUAUCUGUUGACUCUGUUGUCGACGUCGGGUCUCUUGUGGCGAGAUAGCGGCGGCGGCUUUGGAACACAAGGCUUGAAUCUGCCAGUUUUUCGUGCCGAGGAGAGCCCAACUUCUCAAGCGAGACCGAACUCGCUGGAGGAGGCGAGGGUGCGAGGGAGUGCGCUGAACCUCCAAGCACUGCUUCAGCAGACGCUGCUGGUGCAUCCCGACGAGGAGGUUCGACUGCGACAGACUCUCCGUGCAGAGGAAAGCAAGCGCUUGAUGCAGGCCGACGCCGUUUUUCAAAAGGCGCUAAGAGAGGCGUCGCCGCUCCUGAGAGAGGCUUGGAAAGAGACAGAGCGACAGAAAACGGAAGAGCGAAAGAGAAAAGACGAGGCGAGAGACAUCCGCGUAAAGACCAAACUGAUAAGGAGGGACCAGAUGCGGCUAUGGGAGACACUGCAACGCCCACGGGGGCGUCGAACGGAAGCAGAAGAAGAUAUAGGAGGGAGAGAAGAAGAGGGAGAAGAGAGGGAAGGAGAGAGAGAAAAGAGGGAAGGAGAGAGAGAAGAAGAGAGCGAAGAGAGAGAAGAAGAAAGUGAAGAAGAGAGAGAAGAAGAGAGCGAAGAAGAGAGAGGAGAGAGAGAGACACGGGCGGUGAGAAACAAGAGAGAGAAAAACGAAGGGGACUGCGGAGACGAAGACGAGGGACUCUUGUCUAGGGAGAGAAGGACGCACGUUGCGCGGUUAACGGAAGAUGAAGUGCACAUUCAUCUGCAUGCACAGAAAGAGAGGGACACGGCCGAUGAGCGGGAAGAGUCGUAUCGAGGUCUUGGAAGGUCGUCUGACGAGUGGCGGUCGAGAGGAAGUGACGCUGGCAUCGAUACGUUCGAAGGACAGAACAAUGGGCGGCACGGAAAUCUGUAUCGGCGAUUCGCCCUCGCAGAAGAUGCAGCAAAGGCGCUGCUCUCUCACCAACAAUGCCCCGUAGACACGACCCCGCACGUUUCAGGCUUCCAUCGGCAAGUUCUCUCUGCUGUACAGCCAGCGCUGCAACUCCUCCAGUCUGUGCGGGAAGAAGCCCCGGCGGAAACAGGUGAAGACUCCCAGCGAUCAGACCAAGAAGGCGAAGACGCGCCAGACGCCGCUCAAGACGGACAGGCAGGAAAAGAAGGGCAAAGGCACGGCGAGAGCGACCGGACACGCCCUCGCGCAGAUCCCACGCCGAGGGGCGACAUUCCGCAAAGCCGGAGCAGGACAGCAGCCAGGACGAAACGAGCAGACGGGAGAGGAGGGAAAGGAGCGAGAGAAGGAAGGACGGGAAGAGAUGCAGACGCCAAAGGAAACUCCAGGACAGAGCGAGGCGAAGGCCUGGUCAGUCGGAAACGCACUUUUUGGAUCGGGCAAGAAAUUCCAGUGGGUCCGUAUGUUAUUGACAUUCUUGUUCUGCCUCAAAGAUGA